GGAUACUGUAUCUGUGCUGAUGGUUACCACAACAAAGGAGGAUUUUGUGUCCAUGAUUGUAACAAGUUUCAGUACGAGUGUGAAAAUCAAGGUAAGCCUCAUGCAGACCCACAAUGCAUUGCAAUUUACGACAAAUGUGAUGGUAUCGUUCACUGUAGUGACGGAUCUGAUGAACAGAAUUGCCCACCUAAAGAACAAAGAAUAGACCCUGAUGACCCAAAAGUACAAAAGAUUGAUUCUGGUAACAUCAACCCUGAGCCUAAAACUUCUAACACGCUAACCAGUGCAACUAACUCUAAAUCUGCACCAGAGCACACUGCCCCAGGUAGCGCUAACCCUCCAGAUUCCAGCGAAAUAUCUAGUGAGGGAGAUGAGAAGCCAGAGGUGGGGAAUAAGGAAAGUGAUAAAGAUAUGAUCAUUGCCCCUGAUGAAAAUGAAGCCAAUAACUCCUUUGAGGAAAAGGAAGAAUCAAAAAAUACUAAAAAUGCAGAUAUUAUUCCUAAAGAUGGAACAAAUCCCAUCGAAACUAAAAAUAGUGAAAACAUUCAUCCCAGCUCCGAGGUGAAUGAUAAUAACACACCAAAAAAUAUUUCCAUGACACACCCCAAUGUUAGUGAGGAAUCACCAGAAGGGGAAGAUAUUGUUGAAGAGAAAAAGGAGGCUGAUAUUUAUGAGCAAAUAUCGGAGUCUAAAGGAGCAGUCAUAGCCUUGUCCCUUGGGCUUUGUAUAACUGUUCUCCUAUUGUUUUAUGUUGGGUGUAGAUUGCGUCGUGUGCAGAGUCGUUUACGUCGUGGAAAGCCAAUGAAUUCCAAUGAAGCAGACUAUUUAAUCAAUGGCAUGUAUCUAUAGAAUUCAAGCCAGUAUUAAAAGUUGAGAAUCCACAGGAUUUCAUCAUUGUGUGAUCACUCUUGUGCAAUUAUACAGAGUGGCCCCAAAAUUGCAAUUUCCAUUUUCUGGAAUCUGCUUCAUUGAUUUAUCUAUACAAGAAAAUUCAACAUCCAACCAAAAUUGAGAAAGUUAUUCUAAAAAUAGAUGGUUCCAUUUUUGGGUCACCCUGUACCACUCAUUUAAAAGUGGUCCUUUUUGUAAACAGCUGCUAGC